CAGAGACCAGAGACAUUGAACAAAAAGAAGAAUACAGAGAGUAAGAAAUCACACUGUGUGAGACAAUGUUACAGGACUGACUGACUGAGAGGAGAGAGGACCUGAUACAGGUGCUGUGAAUGACUCAGUCUCUGAUCAGACUUGAUCACUAAAGGAACUCAUAAAGUCAUCACUGCUGAGGGUUAGAGGAACACACGGCUCAGGUGAAGCUGCAGUGGUUUUAUCCUCAUGACCAGACGGGGGAUGUUUCUUCACAACUGUGCUCACAGUCAACUACAUUACUCAAUGAGAGUAGGAAGAGGAAGAUAAUUAAAAGGAGAAGGGUGGUUUUGUUCUCUCCAGUCGUAUAAAGGAAGUGAGGGGAUCAUCACAGCUCAGAUAUCCUCUGGUCUGCCCCUCUCACUCAAAGAGACAUGGAUCUUCAGACUGACAGCUCUUCCGAGGACAUCGACCAUGUGCCACAAAAUAAGGCAGAGGAUGAAGGUGGAAUCAUCCCGCCCCCCGACCUGCCAGAGGAUCACCUGCAGCCUGAGCCUUCACAAUUUCCACAAUGGGACCUGGUGUCUGUGAGUAAAGAGGACGCUCAGCGAGCCCUCAUGCAGUACGCAGCAGAGAAACACUGCCGCAGUAAGAGACCUGCAGAGGAGUGCGUCAUAACCAACACGGAGUCUUUCAAUACGCACAGGUACCGUCUGGAGACCUUCACUGAGACUCGCACUAGACGUGCGACUACGACAUCGUACUACGGUCAGCUCAUCGACAACGACGGACAGCCUCCCCCAGAGAUUUGGGAGAUGCAAGUCGAAACUCCGCCCUUUUUCCAGGAUGGUAAUCAAAUCAUUGAGAUCCCAAACACAACCACGAAGCAGGACUGCUCCCGGUGCGACUGGGAUGGGAAUUCCAGCUGCCACAUCUGUACAGGCUCCGGUAGAAGUGUGUGUCAGGUCUGUGGUGGUGCUGGUUCUGUCUCGUACGGCAGUAACAGACGGACAUGUAGCGGCUGUGGGGGAAUGAGACGGAGAAGUUGUUGGAAAUGCAGUGGGUCAGGUAAGGUCACCUGUAGAACCUGCGAGGGAAACAAGAAGGUGGUCAUCUCCAUCAACCUGGUGGUCGACUGGAAGAACAACAUAGUGGAGGAAGUGGUGGGACAAUCCAGCGGUCUCCAGAUGUCCCAGUUGGAUGAGGUGUCUGGGAAGGAGCUGUUCUCUCAUGCUGACCACAGGGUCACUGUCAUCACAAACUUCCCGCAGCCUGGUGUGGUGCAGGCAUCAGAGCGACUGCUGAAGGAGCACAGAGACAAGUUCCAGCAGACUACACGAGUCCUACAGCAGCGUCAAACCAUCGAGGAGCUCCCCAUAACCAAAGUCACGUACCAGUGGAGAGGAAAGUCUCACGUAUUCUUUGUGUACGGGACGGAACAGAGAGUGAGCGCUGAGGAUUACCCUGCCUGCUGCUGCUGCUCUGUGAUGUGACCUUCAUCCAUCCAUCAAUCCAUCUCUCUCUCUCUCUCUCUCUCUCUCUCUCUCUCUCUCUCUUUCUCUCUCUCUCUCUCUCUCUCUCUCUCUCUCUCUCUCUCUGUGUGUCAGGAUGUUUAGUUGUUUUUGUGUUGUAUUAUUCAUUUUAAAUGAUCCUCUCAUAUUUGGAGAGAGAGGUUUUUGUUUUCCUUAAUGAGGUUGAAAUAAAGUCAAAUUAAUGUUUAA